CCUGACACAGAGAGGCCGGAAGUUGUCCCCACAGAAACGCGCGGCUGUUAGGGUGGCGAGUGAAGGCUGUGGUAACCGGGUGUUUAGGGUUCUUGGCCCGGUAGUUGCGGCGAGGGUCGGUGUAAGGGGCUCCGGGAUUUGGGGCGGGGAAAAUGGCAUCUCGGGCAGGCCCGCGAGCGGCCGGUACCGACGGCAGCGACUUUCAGCACCGGGAGCGCGUCGCCAUGCACUACCAGAUGAGUGUGACCCUCAAGUAUGAAAUCAAGAAGCUGAUCUACGUGCAUCUGGUCAUAUGGCUGCUGCUGGUUGCCAAGAUGAGUGUGGGACACCUGAGGCUAUUGUCGCAUGACCAGGUGGCCAUGCCCUAUCAGUGGGAAUAUCCGUAUUUGCUGAGCAUUGUGCCCUCUCUCUUGGGCCUCUUCUCCUUCCCUCGAAACAACAUUAGCUACCUGGUGCUCUCCAUGAUCAGCAUGGGGCUCUUUUCCAUAGCUCCUCUCAUUUAUGGCAGCAUGGAGAUGUUCCCCGCUGCACAGCAGCUCUACCGCCAUGGAAAGGCUUACCGCUUCCUCUUUGGUUUUUCUGCCGUCUCUGUCAUGUACCUGGUGUUGGUGCUGGCAGUCCAAGUGCAUGCCUGGCAGUUAUACUACAGCAAGAAGCUCCUAGACUCUUGGUUCACCAGCACACAGGAGAAGAAGCGUAAAUGAAGCCUGCCUGAUGGACUGCUCUGUGGGGUUGAAGCCUGGGCCUUCCAUUGAGUGGAGUGAGAAGUAGAGGAGCUGCUCUGAAAUCUUUGGUGAUUUUGGCAGCUGUGAUGUUGGCAGCUAGUGCAAACGCAGUCCACGUUCUGGAAAGCCCCUCCUGUUGCCAUCAGCUAAGGUGGCAAAACUAUAUUUAACUUAUUCCUGGUUGGCUGGAACUGGGUGAUCAACAACUGUAGAACAAACUUGUUGAAGUUGAAGCCCUUCUGGGGUUUUCUUUAAGACCGAGCCUUAUUCUUGCCUCUUGGUCAUUCUCUCCACUUUCAUCAAUUACCCCUUAGCCACCAAGACUGAAGGAGAUAGGGAAUAAAUCAAAUUCUACUUCAAUCUAUAGGUUGUGGGGCAGGAAACAUUUGCGAGGCUUCCCCUGCAGGCUGUGGCAUUUUAAUGAAAAGAACUUCAAUAAAGUUAGAACUGCCUUGUC